GCGUGUGGUGUGGGCGGGCCUUUCCGGGGCCUCUCCUGCCGCCCGGGCCUCCGCAGGGCGGGUGGGCUGCUCCUGGCCAUGGAGGCUCUACUGCUGGCAGCCCUGCUUGGAAGCGGGGCGAGGGGGGCCGCCUGUCGGGGCUUCCGGGGUCGUUUAAAUGACCUGCGGGGUUCCCUUCCAACAGCGUCAGACGCGCGAGCUGGACGUUGGAGGAGUCCGGACUCCGGAGGGGUGUAAGGAGCGAGUUCUUUUCGUGGCGCAGCUAAACUGCGGAACUCCCUCCCGCAGGAGGAUGAGAGGGCUUCGUGGAGAAGAAGCAAAUCCUGUCCCACCGCUGGCCGUGAUGGAGGCUGGGCUCUGCCUCCUUGAGCCAUGGAAGAAACGCUCAGGGAGCCGCAGGAAGGGAGCGUUGCUCUUGUGCUCCGGCCCCUUUCCUCGCUUGCUUUCCGCUCGGGGCAUCUGGUUGGCCACUGUGAGAACAGGAGGCUGAACUGGAUGGGCCCCCCUUUGGCCUGAUCCAGCAGCCAGGCUCUUCUUAAGCCCUCUUCUUCCUUCAGGAUAGCCUUGCUGGAUCAGAUCAAAGGCACCUGCUCCGAGGACGGAAUCUGUGGCCAGCUGAUGGGAGAUGUUCCAUAUGGUGGGACUCAGGUCUUUGGAAAGGGGGAUUUUGAAAGUUGAGGACAUGAAACACCCCCCCCCCCCCAAUCUCAUAUACACCGCCAUAUAGGCUGAAGGUCCUGUUAUGAGAUAGGGGUGAAUUUUUUGCUGGCAGGGAGUGCAUGGGUGGGUUGUUAGCUAGUCAGGUGUUUAUCAACAGAGUGCUCCCCAUUCAGGAUACUAGCCACUAUGUUCCUUCCUACCCCAGAUUUCUUUUCCCCUGCUAAUAGUCCCAUCAGCAUUCUGCAUCCAUGGCUGAUACCUAUUCCUUGUAAAUGGAUGGUGCUGUUUUGGCUACAUAAUGGCUCUCACAGCUGGAACCUUGGAAAUCGAGGGGAUUCAUAUAGUAUAUUUGUUGUUGUUGUUUUGUACUUUCUAUCUCCCUUUCUGGACAAUACCUGAAAGUGCAUCUUGUAGUAAAUAAAACAGGCAUGAUGAAAUAAGUAAAAAGCUGGGCAUCAAUAAAAGGCAGGAAAGCUCCCCUGCUUUGGACUUCUGUGUUCUCUUUGGGGUAUAAUGGCUGUCAAAUGUCUCCUGACAGGGGCAGAGGGACAAGAAGAGGACAAGCAGGGAAACACCAGUGGAGAAAAGGGGGCCGUACCUCAUGAGUAAAACUCCUUCCAUUCAGGACAAGCUACCCAUGUACAGCCAUGAAAGAAGUGACAAUGUAGGCAGGAGAAGAAAUGACGGCAAUGGUUCCUGCUUGAGCUUCAUUGUGGAGGAGCAGGGGUGGAGCGUUCCUGUGGCCUCAACAAUGGGAGAUGUAGCCCAACAACAUCUGAAGGGGCACAGGCUCCCCAGCCAUCCAGCAAGGUACAGACACGGGGGUGGGAUGUCAAAGGGUUUCAUGGAUUAAUUAUUUUUUAUGGAAAUUACUGACUUAACUAGGAAGGCAGAAAUAGUUGUGGUUUCUUCACUGCUGAGCAGAAAGUGCCCCCUCAUUGCUGCAGGAGGAAGGCAAGGCAAUGGCAUGGAGGAUAAGACUCGUCCAUGCUUACCAGCCAGAAUAACUAGGUGCUCCCCCCCCCCUGUCUGAGAUAGGAAGCCUCUUUAUGCCAGUUGCUGGGAUGCACAAGUGGAGAGAGUAUUGUUUUGCUCAGGUUAUGCAUGUGGGUUUCCCAUUGAGGCAUCUGGUUGGCCAAUGCGAGGACAGGGUGCUGGACUGGAUGGGCCCCUUUUGGGCUGAUCCAGCUGCAGGUCUUGUAUGUUCUAUACCCCAUCCUACACCUGGAAGCUUUUUUGCAACACCAGCAAGUGGUGUGGAUUCACCUGAAUAUUUGCUGCAGGGGUGGGAACCCCUGGGACUUCCCCAAGACGACUUGCACAGCACAGUUGCCAUGCAACCCACUUUAAUAGAUGGCAAACCUCUGAGAGUGUGUUGGCAUCUUGCUGGCAGCUAGAGGAUUCAGAUGAUUCAUGUCCUGUGCAGGCAGCGUUUCCCCAGAGUGGGUUUUUCUGCUGUCCUUUUGUAGUAAAUAUUUGUCUGAACUUGCCCCACAGGCAGCAGUUGGCUGGUGGGGUGGGGUUUAUGGGAGACAAUCCUCCCCAGGAACGUGGAAUACAGCAAAUAUUCACUGAGUUUGCCUUGGUCAUUUUGGGGGCUGCAGAGAAACAUCGCGAGAUGGCAAAGGCGAUGCUGCGGAGGAAGGGAGGCGCAUUCUCAGGAGCCGUCCGGCACCAGCCCAAGCUACCAGCCAAGAGGGCAGUUAAGUUCAACAAGGGCUAUGCUGCCCUCAGCCAGAUCUCAGAUGAAACCCUGGUGUCCCUGGACUCUGACAGUGAUGAGGAGCUGGGAUCAAGAUGUUCCUCCGGUUACUCCUCUGCAGAGGUCAACCAGGAUCUCAGCCGCCAGCUCCUGCAGGAUGGGUAUCGCCUGGAUGAAAUCCCAGACGACGAGGACCUUGACCUCAUCCCUCCCAAGCCUGUGUCAUCCUCACCAUGUCCCUGCUGCUUUGGGGAGUCUGCCUCCUGCUCCAUCCAGUAAGGAUCUAAAGAGCAGGACUGCACUGCACAGGUCAAGAACCCAGCACUUUCCCCCUUCCUUUCAGACGCCCGGAGGUCCAGCAGAGGCAAUGGAGUCUGGCACCGAGCUUUGACCAAGCCGAUAGGGAGCAGGAGGAGGGUGCUUUGGUGGCUGGGAAAGCGGGGCGCACCAUUGCCCUGCUUGCACUUGUCCGGGCACCAAACAGCCUCUUGAAGCUCUUAUCUGUGGUGCACAUACAAGACUGUUCGGUGGAAACCCUUGGGAAGGCUCUGAGCCAGCUGGCUCCCUUGCCUGGGAAUGCCUUUGGAGAAAGAUGCAGAUGGGAGAAGAGGACAGGGCGAGUGUUUUCCUCCUUAAAGGCAAACAGACAAGCUUUUUUGUGUGAAAGGGAAUGAAGAAUGGACUAGGACAAGUUAAAACUUUAGUUUACAAAAACUCUGAUUGGGGGAAAAAAAAGCACAGCAAUCACUACAUCGGGUCAAAAAGAUUUUCCUCACUUGCUCAGGAUCCUUUCCUGGACUCCAGUGCUUGAGCCAACAUCUCCUGGGGUCCUUGUAGGGCUGGACUAAGAUGUUGCCAUGUGGAUUUCUGGGAUGGAGAAGCUCCUCUAUCAAGCUGCAUGGAUGGAGCGCCGCCUCCUAGCAUCCUCGCAGUCUCUUGAACUCUCCCUCUGCUGGCUUUGCUGCCUGGAAGUUGCUGCUUUGAUCCCUUUCCCUUGAGCUUUCCAAAGUUUCACCAGCUGCUGCAUCGUCUCAAAUUGACCCUCAGCAUUUAGCCUGGUGAAAGACGGACCUACUGAACCCUUUUUCUUGGAGUGGGAGGGAGGUGCAUUCCCCCCCCUCCCACAGAUAGAGGGGGAGGGUUCACUUGCCUUGCCUUGGGAGGCUGGUCCUCCCUGGCAAAAGGGCCAACAAAUCUGACAUCCCUGGCUCCGGAUGAGAAUCCUGCUUAGUUUAGGUCAUAGCUGCCUCAGUUUGACUGGAGAGCUGCUGCUGAUUCCUCUUCCAAAGUGAAUUGAGGCCAAGCAGAGGAGGAAGGCUAAGGUGCUGGCGCCCAUAACCUCAUUUCUGUGUUGCCUGCCUUUGUCUAGACCAGGUGUGCCUCCUAGCGCCAUCCAAGCACUGCUGUUGGACUUCAGCUCCCAUCAUCCCUGACUGUUGGCCCUGCUGCCUGGGGUUGAUGGGAUAUGGAGUCUCCCCAGUCCCUGGCGGGUACCAGGGUGAGGAAGCCUGAUCUAGUGGGCCACAGGUCUCCCACCCCUGCAUCAGUUCCCGUUAUUCUGACUAAAUUUCCCCAUAAUUAGGAUUAGCUUAUGCAGCCUCCUUUUGAUUUCAAGCAGCGCAUAGUGUGUUUUCCAUGCACACGAAGUGACAGCUUGUGAGCGAGAGCUGCGACCUAGCCUUUCUGAUUCGCUGUGGUUCACUUUAUGUGGCAGUUGUGGAGAACAGGGAAGGGAGGAAUUGCCAGCAUUUGUGACAGUUGCUUUGUGAGGAUCCCUGCUAGAAUGCAAGUUGGGGCUAUGAUCUCCCCUCAAUCUGGUGCUUUCCAGUUGUGGUGUACAACUCCCCAUCAGCCCAGUGAUUAAGGAUGAUGGGAGUUCCGGUCCAGCAACACCUGGAAGGCAUUAGGCUGGGGGAGGAAGAUGUGCCCUGUAUAUUUGGGCAGCCUCAUUGAGUAAUAAAUCUGUCUGGGGACCAUAACAGGCUAUUACCUCUGCCGUCUAAAUUGAAGCUUUAGUAGCAAGAGAUCCAGAGGUCUCUGAAGGCACUAACACAGGCAUCCCCAAACUGCGGCCCUCCAGAUGUUUUGGCCUACAACUCCCAUGAUCCCUAGCUAACAGGGCCAGUGGUCAGGGAUGAUGGGAAUUGUAGUCCAAAACAUAUGGAGGGCCGAAGUUUGGGGAUGCCUGCACUAACACAACUUGAGCAAGAUGCCAUUGCACUGUUGAUCUCUGUUACUGUAAGUAGCUAAAAGUGGCAGCUGUUAUUUUCUUUUCCCCUUCCUGGAAAACUUGCCAGUAGGAAUGAGAUAGUCUUGCCAUACUUGGCAGACUUGAUCCUAAACUGGAAUUCUCUCUGCUCUAAUUAACUGUUCCCAGGUGAGUGGCACCCAGGAGGCCGUUUCCACUUGGGUAUAUGUGCUUUGCUAGAAUCAUUUGUCAAGAGAUAGGCCACGUGGCAGGCCAUAACACAGGCUCAGUGUUUACUCACUGGGGAACAUGGUUAGCAAGAGGCAGCCAAGUGAACUCUGCACUUUCCAGCCCUUCAGUAGAGAGAGUUGGUUGCUGGUGCAGCCACUGGAUUACAUAGGCAACUUUCCCCCACCCCCAGCUGCCUUUCAUUUUCUAUAUUUAUUUAUGCUGCCUGUAGCAUCCUCUGCCUGCAAAUCCUCCAGAGACGACUUCUCCAUGGUAAAAGGUUGAUGUUCCUGGACAAGUUUGAGCUGUUCAGUCCUAAUUGCAGUAAGCUUUUUAUAAAUAGUGCGUAACGUUGAAGUGGAGAGCCAGGACACUAGUAGACCUGUAGAGAGAAAACUGCCCGCUUUCUGCCGCAAAGUAAGCUUGGCAGGCUGACCGUGUUGUGUAUGUGGGGGUUUCAGGGUGGAGAAAGGAGUUCAGUGAUUGUAGGGCUAUAGUGUGUUUAAAAAGCUGCCUUAAAAUAUUGAAAUGCAUUAAAUGAAGUGAAAUUGAAACACAAACCAACCUUGAAAGGCACAGAGGACAAUCUUAUUGGAUAUUAAUGUUAUUGUAUAUGCAGAGAACUAUCUAGCAAAUAGUUUUAUAUAUACUGAGCAAGGGAAGUGUGUAUUAAUAAAACUCUAACUUGUAUUCACAAUGCUUGGAUCCUUUUCUAUGUGAAAUGUUUGUUCCUUACUUGCAUGUGUGUUAGCAAAGAGGCCUGCAGUAGGAUUCCUCCUGGGGUCCACUCUGCUGGUGCAGGGCAUGAGGCCGUUCAUGGCACUCGUAAGGAGCCUGUGGUCUUCCUGGCAUUUGUGGGACUCUGUCCAGCCUGCUGUUCUUUCUGCCUUCCUUGCUCCUUCAAGGUUUUGAAUGUCCUAGCCUCCUCAACUUACUUGGACAAAGCUCUUUAUUCAGCCUUUU